UAAAGCAUGGCAUUUGCGUUUCGUGGAUGACGAUGGCAGAGGCUCAAUCUUCAGGUUCCCGCUAUUGGACUUCAAUAUUGGCAUUCUUCCGCGAAGAGAACGCAGAGCCAGAUCGCGGCGUGCGACGUUGAGUUGAAGAUGGCUAUCAAGAGAUUAGGUAGAAUUUGGAUGAAAUCGGGGAAAGAUGCGGCGUCGCGUCCUUCUCGGGAUGAUCCGUCCUUCGACGAUUUCUGUCCCAUUGACAGCCAAGUGCAAGAGGAGAUGGUUCGUUCGUUCGAAAGGGCAAAUGAUCAACAGAGUCUUCUAUGGAGGGUAUCGUAUGAUUCAGCGGAUUUUAUUUAAUUUUAUUUUGUUCUUAAGUGGAGGAUUAGGGAUUCUCAUGUCGAUUGUUCUUCUCUGUGGAUCGACUGUUCGUCAGACUGUGUUUGCGGCAUUUCUUUUUUGCUUUGUGGCUUUUCUUCUUUACUCAAUCGUUCAGCAGGUUUCUUCUCCAUUUGAACUGCGUUAUCAUGUUUACUUCAUGGAGGAUGUUGAAUCAUGGAUGAUUAUAGCUGCAGAUUGGGUUGCUAUUUUAGCGUGUUCAUUUUCUAUCAUUGGGAUUGUAAGCAAGUCAAGUUACCAACGGCGGUGGCUUUGGUGCUCAUUCUUUGUCAGCAUCCUACUCUCAGUUUUCUGGUUAUAUUUCAUGAUGAGAUUGCCUAGGUUUCGAUGGGAGGUUAUCUGGCGUCCCUUUGGUCCUCUCAGUGGGGCUGGAAUCUGUUUGUAUGUUGAUCAUCUGCUGGCCGAAUCGUCCGAGGAAAUAAGAAAACUUAGAGGUUAUAUGUAUUCUUAUAAAGCUACCUGAAAAUUGCAUGAACCUCGUAUAAUUCAUGCAUUUCCUUCCCUGAAGAAACUAUAUCUGGAGUUCAUUUUUUGACCCGAACAAGCUCGAGUUUUAUAAUGAUUUA